AUGCUUCUCCAGCUGUCCUCAGUGGGCCUUGGAAUCUGGCUCCUGAGCAUUAGCUUUUCUAUGGCUUCCAUUGUGUCCUGGACAAUCCGAGCCACAGUUGUGACACCAAUUGAAGAAUGCAAGCGGAGGUGGAAGGGGCUGAGGGACUCCUAUGUAAAAUUUAAGAAGUUCCCUCCAAGUGGCUCCGGAGGAGGAAGUGAGCGUGACUGGAGGCACGAAAAGGAAAUGGCUUUUUUGAAGCCUUAUCUUAAACCAAGGAGCUCCAGGGACUCACAUGGAGACACGUCUGCAGACGACAAUGUCCAGGAGGGUGCAGAUGAGGAAGCAUCACAGCCACAAUCUCCAAACCCACAUGACACAGAAGAACGGCUCAUAAGAACCCCCCCAUCCCCACCUCACUCCAGCACAAGAACCCCCCAUCCCCAUCACGCUCUAGCACACCGAUUGCAGACACACCUCAUUCCUCACAAGUCACCACCCAAUCAACUCCACACAACCCACAAGCCCAACGUUCAAAAUCAAGGAGAAGAUUAA